AUGGAUUCUGAACCCGAGGAUAAAGCUACAAGCGAUGGCGCGACCAUGGUUGAGGGUCAAGGGUUUGAUGAGGUUACCAACGAGAAUACGGUUACAACCCAGUUAGGAAGCGAAGCAGAUGAAGCGAGCUUCCUUCGAAACAUUACAGCAGACAUCAGGGAUCAAGAUGAUCUGGAGCGCGACAUUACGGCACAGGCAAACACUGCGUUGAUGGAAGCUGAGGACAAAAAGGAUCAACAGCGUAUUGAAAAGCUUGAGACAAGCAAACAAAAUCUGGAGGCCCAAAGAGCUAAAGAGCGACAGAAUCUGGAAAGGGAGCGUCGCAACCCUUACAAGUCACGCAAGAUACAAGCACAAAUUGACAAACUCGACAAUGAAAUUGAGCGCGUCACGAACGACAUAUCUGAUUUUCAAGCCCGCAUUGAAAAGAGGCGUGAGGAAGCCGCGGAAGCCGUGGAGGAAUCAUCCAAAAGCAAGUCUAGAAGACUGCCUGGCGAAACUAACCGAGACUAUCUCGUACGCACUGGAAAGAUCACUCCUUUUGCCAAUAUUGGUGGAGAGCGACCUCCCGGGUUCGAAGGCGAACUUGCCGAUGUCCUUGUGGAAGCAGAAGAAGAUGCAGCAGAGAACAACUUCGAGAGUGAUGACCAAGAGCCAAGAUCACAUCAGAUCUUACGUAUGCCUGGCUUUGCCGAAGAGCCGGAAACUAAGGCCGUUGCUAAUGUUGUUGAAAACGAAUUUUCCCUUCGACCUAGGAAGAAACGCAAAGUGCAGAGAGACGCAUCAUCUGACGAGUUUGAGCCAGAGGCCGCUGCCUCACCAGAGAGCCAAUAUGCGUCAGAUACCAGCGAAGAGGAAGCCACUGGUCGAAAGCGACGGAAGGGUGCGUCCAAAAAGAAAGCCGCAGAUGCCGCGGUAUCGGGUGGAAAUGUUGUAGACUUGACCGGUGUUGACGAUGGCAAUGAGUCCAAAUACAAGGCACGUCUUGCAGAUUGGGUCAAAAGACGGAGCAGGGCGCGCCGUCGGCGCGCGGAAGCAGAUGGUGUCUCUCUCGCUGAGAAUGACGAGGAAGAGUGGUUCAAACCUUCACCUGACCAUCCUGACCAUGUGUUCGGAAACGGCCUAAAGUUGCCUGGUGAUAUUCACCCUUCGCUAUUUGCGUACCAGAAAACCGGAGUUAACUGGCUCGCUGAGCUGUACGAGCAAGGUGUUGGAGGUAUUAUUGGAGACGAAAUGGGUUUGGGCAAGACAGUCCAAGCAAUCGCCUUCGUUGCGGCCCUUCACUAUAGCAAGAAGCUUGACAAACCUGUCAUCGUCGUUGUGCCCGCAACGGUCAUGAAGCAAUGGGUCAACGAAUUUCACCGAUGGUGGCCUCCACUAAGAGUCUCUAUUUUGCACUCAUCAGGCAGUGGCAUGAUGAACCAACGAGAAGAUGAUUCUGACAUUGAUGACGACUCUGUUGCGGUCAGCAGGAAUCGUGCUGCCGCUCGGAGGAUAGUUAGUCGCGUCGUCAAGCAUGGUCAUGUUCUAGUGACAACUUACGCUGGCCUACAAUCUUAUGACCAAGAGCUUCUGUCCCACACCUGGGGUUAUGCCAUCCUUGACGAAGGCCAUAAGAUCCGGAACCCGAACGCGGAUAUCACUGUCGCAUGCAAGCACCUGAAUACCGUGAACCGGCUCAUCCUUUCUGGUACGCCAAUCCAGAACAACCUAACGGAGCUAUGGUCACUCUUCGAUUUUAUCUUCCCAAUGCGACUAGGUACGCUAGUGAGUUUCAGGACGCAGUUCGAGCUACCGAUCAAGCAAGGUGGCUACGCAAACGCGACCAACCUCCAAGUCAUGACAGCUGAAAAAUGCGCGGCGACCUUGAAGGACACUAUCAGUCAAUACCUCCUGCAAAGACUUAAGAUCGAUGUGGCGUCAGAUCUUCCAGAGAAGACGGAACAAGUUCUGUUUUGCAAGCUGACGCAGCCUCAGCUUACGGCAUACACAAGGUUUUUGAACUCGGACGCUGUCGGUGAAAUUAUGACGAAGAAACGAAAAGCGUUGUAUGGCAUCGACAUUCUGCGAAAGAUUUGCAAUCAUCCGGAUCUCUUGGACGAUCGGCUCAAGAAAGAUUCGAAGUACAACUGGGGAGAUCCCAAAAAGUCAGGCAAGAUGCAGAUGGUGAAUGAGCUAUUGCCAUUAUGGAAGCGCUUUGGUCACAAGACCUUGUUGUUCUCUCAGACCAAGCUUAUGCUGAAUAUUCUCGAGAAGUUUAUUGGAAAGAUGGAUGGGGUUAGCUAUCUCCGUAUGGACGGUGAUACACCUAUUGAGCAAAGACAGGUCUUGAUCGACCGCUUCAACAACGACCCCUCUGUCGAUGUCUUCUUGCUGACUACGAGGACUGGAGGUUUGGGUAUCAAUUUGACCGGAGCAACCCGUAUUAUCAUUUACGACCCAGACUGGAAUCCUUCUACCGACAUGCAAGCGCGUGAAAGAGCUUGGCGGCUUGGCCAGACGAAACCAGUCUCAAUCUACCGACUGAUGACAUCUGGUUCAAUCGAGGAGAAGAUUUACCAUCGUCAAAUUUUCAAACAGUUCAUGACCAACAAAGUGUUGAAAGAUCCGAAGCAGCGCGCCAACUUUGACCUAUCCGAUCUCUAUGAUCUCUUCAGCUUUGGCGAAGCUGGUCAAAGCAUGGCAAGCGCCGACAGAAGCAAGAUCUUUGAGGGCGCUGAAGUGAAAUUCAACAACAAAGAGCUUCAGCAUGACAAACCGUCUAAGGACACCAUGCCCAUAACUUCCGUCGGAGCAAGCAAAGCAGCGAACGAUGAAGUAAACACUGUACGAAAGCUUUCAGGUGUUGUCGCAAUGGAGGAGUAUAAAGAGGACAAGGAAGUACAUGACGAGAAGAGAAUGACUGAGAAUCUUUUUGCUCGGUCAGUAGAGAGCGCUUACGAGCAUGACCAAAUCAUGAAUGGCAAGAAACCGGUGCAAGCAGACAAAGCCAUGAACCAGUACGAGGCCAAUAAGGUCGCUGCACAAGCAGCGGCACAUCUCCGUCGGGCCGGUGAGGAAGCCCGCAGCAUACCCAUUGGUACCGUUACUUGGACCGGCGAAGUAGGUGAUGGCGGCCGUCCCGGUUCCCAUCGGAGACGAGGCGGACCCAGUUCAUCAGGCGUAUUGGCCGGUUUGGCUGACCGACAAGGUCUAAGCCGGCCCAACAGCGGUACCAGCUCGCGGUCUGGCACUCCUGGCAUGGAAAACAAAAAUCUGAGAGAGAAGGAUUUCGUUCUUCUCAUACAAACCUUCAUCAAGCGCCACGGAGGAAAGGUGCCCAGCAAGAUGUUAGUGGACCACUUCAACCCCUACUGUCAAACAUCCAGACAGAGUCAGGAGUUCAAGUCUGCGUUGGACAAAAUAGCUACCCUAACCAAGGGCAGUACUGGCAGCACUGGUAGGGGAAUGUGGUCCUUGAAGCCAGGCUACUGA